AUGUUGCAAGCUUGCAAAAUGGAAGGAUUUCCCCUCAUACCCCCUCCCUCUGAAGAUAUGAUACCCUAUGAGUCAGACCUCUAUAGACCACCCCAUGACUAUUACCAGUAUCUCAACAGUGAUGGAGAGAGUCAUGGUGAUCAUUACUGGGAGUAUCAUCCACACCACAUGCCCAGUGAGUUUGAGACUUUUGGAGACAAUCACUUCACAGAACUGCAGAGUGUACAGCCUCCCCAGCUUCAGCAGCUGUACAGACACAUGGAGAUUGAACAAAUGCAUGUCUUGGAUACAACAAUCCCAACCACACACAUCGGCCUCAACCACCAGGUGCCCUAUUUGCCCCGGAUGUGCCUACAGUACUCCUCUCCACCACAGCCCAGUUCUGAUGAGGAGGACAUAGAGAGGCAGAGCCCCCCGCUGGAAGUAUCAGAUGGGGAGACUGAUGGUGUGGAUCCUGGACCUGGAAUUAUGCAUGGAGAAACAGGCAGCAAGAAGAAAAUACGUCUGUAUCAGUUCCUUCUGGACCUUCUUCGCAGUGGAGACAUGAAGGACAGCAUCUGGUGGGUGGACAAGGAAAAAGGUACUUUCCAGUUCUCCUCCAAACACAAAGAAGCACUGGCACAUCGCUGGGGCAUCCAGAAAGGCAAUCGCAAGAAAAUGACCUACCAGAAGAUGGCACGGGCACUGAGAAACUACGGCAAGACAGGGGAGGUCAAAAAAGUCAAGAAGAAGCUGACCUACCAGUUUAGUGGAGAGGUGAUGGGAAGAGGGGUCACUGAUAGGAAGCAUUACCCUCACUGA